CCUGCACUCCGAGAUCAACCAGUCGACUGGUUACGAGUCUAACUAGUUACUAGUGCCAGAAUGUCAUUCCAACUCAAGCUAGCUUUCUGUUAUCGAUGGUUUGAGCAACUGUGUGCGAGGCCGCCUGGCAAGGACAACAGGGCUUAAUCCAGCACAUUUAUAACUACUAUUAUCCUACUAAUGCAGCGCCCUCAACAUGUACCUGUACAAAUUCCGAACCACUACCAGCCAUGCCUGUGUCUGGACCACAUGCACCUAAUACGUCACCCACCUCUGCGGCCGUUGCACCAGUACUAUCCAUGCAGAGCUUUUUGCCUGCCGCUGCAGGGAGUAUUCCGACAUCUUACCAUUCGUCCCCAUCCUCAUAUGUUGUCAUCAACUUUAACAUACCCUCAAGCUCACUCCUUGCUUCAGCUCGUGAUCUAGCCAGGCUCAGUGAUGCGGCACAUGCCAAUCGAUGUGAUACUGUGCAGGUCAGUUCGUGUGCCCCAUCCGACACACUUGUCACACACUCACUCUCAGCAACCCAGCCAGUCGUUGCUAACCGGAAAGAAGUUCGGACCACUGCCGCCACUCAAGUACUCACUGUUCGGUUCGUGCAGGGUCCAGACGUGUCUGAUUGUCGACUUUCAAAUUUGAAAUCUAAAGGUACCGACUCAUCAGUAGCAAGCAGCAAAGUUCACUUCGAUCAUCCUCAAAAUCAUCGACGACUAGAAGGUGAGGGAGCUAUUAAGGGAAUGUACAUGAUUGGCAGAGGGUGUACGGCUAUGGGUGUGUUUGAUCAUCGAGUGAUGUUGGGUGGUUUUGCGCUACUUGGAGAUUGGCGUUUUGUGUACUUCUUUGUAAGUUGUUAUUUAUGCAAUACCCGAGUCUAAUUAUCAUAAGCUCUAGGACAUCACUGGACUCCUAUGCCAUGCCAACAUAUAAUCUGCCCUGCUACACAUUCGUAUGCUAACCUCGAGAAGCUCUGCAACUCCGGAGCAAGAUAGAGUUAAUGCUAGAUCAGGGACCUUACUGGAGAGAACUAGCAUCUUUGAAGCGAAUCUAGGGCACAACACUAGCCUCAGGCGCAUAAACAGAAUCAUAUUGGUUGUCGACUUGUUACAAUUGAAGAUUGAAAUAUAAAGGAACCAACGCAUAGCU